AUGUUAACCCCAACACUGCAGCUGUGCGUACACCGCAGUGAUGCCAUCAACUCAUUUACACCAGAGACUUAUUAUUAUAUAGAUGCAGCUGUAUCUGUAGGUGGCCAAGAGAUUCACAUGAAUUGGUCUCGUCGUCAAGUCUUUGAUCUAUCUGUUGCACAAACUUUUCUUGCUAUUGUAUCUGAGGGUAUAGGAGGUAAAUGUGAGUCAAUAAAGGAGACAGAAGAAAUAAUAUGUAUGCCUAAGGCAUUAAAUACUGUUGAGUUAUUAAAGGCGGCAUCUAAUCGAUUAGGUAUUGGGCCUCAUAGGGCUAUGCAGAUAGCAGAACGUUUAUACCUAGGAGGAUUUAUAACAUAUCCAAGAACAGAGACAUCUAGUUAUCCUCCUUCCUUUGAUGCAAAAGCUGCUAUUGCUGCGCAUGCAAAUAAUCCUUAUUGGGGACAACAUGCUAGGGAUAUACUACAAUAA